UAAGGGAUUGAGCUAGGGAUAUCAUUGAGCUUAAGCCGUUAGCCGAGAGUAGACAACUUGGCUUCUAAAACCCUACUUGCUAAUUCUCUCUCUCUCUCUCUCUAUGUUCAGCCCCAAUUCAUCACACCCAUGGUGGCUAUGGAAGAAAAGCCCAACUUUUUUCCGGGUGAUAUCGAGUCAAUUUUGUCUAAAAUCAAGCACCAACAGAAGCAGAUUCAACAGAAAAGGAGGUGGUUGUUGGGGCUUUCCACGUCCGAAGAAGAACGAAAUCACUCGAAAAAGCUCAAAUUUUUAGAUACUAGUUCAUUGCCAGAGUCUUUUCUUAGGGAAGACGAUAUAUUCUACGAAACUGUAAAAUCAUGUGUUGAAGAAGCUUUUGGGGUACGCCCUGAAACAGGUCACCAAGUUGUUUUAGAUGAUUCGCAAUUGCCUGGAGUAUCUGAGAUACCAAGAACUGUUUCAUCAUGUAUUGAUAAUUUGGCCACCAAGGGGCUCUACCUCCUUGCCAAGACACUGACAGGUCGGACGGACUUCGAGAAAACUCGACCUAACAUGAAAAAAGUUGUUAGAGAAUCUCUUUCAUUAGUUUUCGGAAUCCUAAAUCCUAACCACCAUCGUGAUCAUCAUCUAAUGCAACUUUCUAGACAAAUAGCUCAACUCCUCAAUGACCCACGAAAUUUUCGGGACAAUCAAGUGCCGUUUUUGACUUCCAGAUUCGCGAUCAGACGUGCCGCUGUCAAAAAAGUGCUGGCCGAACUAGAGACUUUUCCACAGCAAGCCCUUGUUGCAAUGUAUGACAAGCUAAGGGGCAUGCAACCAAGGACGCCUCAGCUACAGCCACCAAAAAAUGGACGGUGUAAAGAAUAUCUAAUUAGUAGAGUGAGAAAGUAUAGUAAGGAGAUGCUUUCAGAAGUUGAUAAAGGGGGUGAUCUGCCAGAGCCAUUAGCCAAAGCCAUGGCAAUAGCAGACUUGUCAUUAAAGCUGUCCUCUGGAUUUCAUAAAGCUUCCGCAACAGAAUUUUACAAAUUCUCUCCAGAAGUAAAACUUCUGCAGCUUGAGAUAACAAAGGCCAUUUGGUUACUCGAUACAAAGGUUGGGAUAGCUGAACUGAAAAAAGUAAAGAACCUCCUGGAUCCAAGUGUGGAAGUGUCACACAGGUCUAUGCGACCGGCGAUAAGGAGCAUGUUAACUGAAUACCUUUUUGAGUGCGGUGAUAUGGAUGCAGUUCCGAAGUCCUUGUUAGAAACUCUUGCCGUAAUUAACAAGAAUCAAACUAAACCAGACAAACGUGAUCUGAAGAAUAGAGUUGAGAACGAGAUGGAAUGCAUAUUGAACUUGAGUGCUCAUACAAAGCAGGUUGUUUUGGAUUUGCUUCCUGCCAAUGACUUUGACAUGGAUUUCACUGAUGCAUAUGUGGAGGAUCUGGAAGAAAGUGAUGAUGAUGAGCAUGGUUAUGGCAAUGAGGAUUGGGAAAUUGAUGAGAAAAGGGCGCUAGGCACUAAUAUUUCUCAAAAUAGCAGUUGUCACUCGAUUGGUUCGAAUCAAGAAGUUGAAAGUACAGCAGAUUCUGUACCAUUUGAUAUGAAGUUGCAUACUGCUGCAACUACUGCAGAAGAAGACCCAUGCACCCCUGCACUUGACAAGAGGUCCAACAGUGCGUUUGUCGAUAAACUUGAGUCCAAGAUCUCUGCUGAAGUGGAUACUGCUAAUUUUUCUUUCGAGGAACCAAAAGAAAUGGAUGAGAACAAUCAAACUACUUAUAAGAACCGUUACCUGACAAUCCAAGAAGCUUGUGAUCAGACAAGCAUGGUUGCGUACAAUCUCAUUGGUCAUAUGUUGGGGGAGCUGGGACGUAAAGAAGGUCUGGCAUUGAACAGGGGUUGUAGUUUUUAUCUCAGAGGUGGUUGUGGAAACAAAGAAGAAACUCAAGAAAAAGAGCGGGCUUCACACAAGGAAUCUGAUGGAAUGAUAGUUGUUCGAGUAACUGAAGAGCUUAUACCUUCUUUUCCCAAAAGUGGGAUGGAAAGGUUGAAGGAGUUGUUGGAUCCACAGUGGCCCUUUUUUUUUUUUUUUUUUUCCUUCUGAGGAGUCGGGAAGUCAACACUCAAUAUCAGCGCUUGAUCGAGAAUUAAGAUGAUCUACAUUUUGGAUCAAGCUUGGCUACUUAAAAUUUUUUUCUUCACAUGAUCUACAAUGUAUGCGUUGAUAACCGCGCUUACGAUGAACUCAAGAGAGAUAGAGACUCGUACUAACUGCGCUUCUGUGAUGAACUCGAGAGAGAUGGAGAAACUAGCCACCACAAG